UAAGGCCCGUUGCCGUUAAAUCAAAGGGAAUUUCCUCGUUACCUUCUUUUUGGGUUUCCCCCUGGGGUGUUUACUGACAACCUCGUGUUUGAACUGCUGGGUAAAAAUCUGGGCACAGCCGGAGGGCUUGCUAGGAGCUCUCCUGCAGCUGGCACCAUGGCUGCGUGCAGCGCAGGGCUCUGCAUCCAACAGGCUUUGCAGGCGGAGCAAUGGGACCAGCUUCUCCAAGAGAACGCCAUGGAGCCAGCCGCUCUCCUGGGACGGAGCUACCUGGAGCUGCUGCAGAGCGAGGUGGCCGAGUCGGUCCUCUACAUGCAGGUGGAAGAAGCCACAGAGAUCUCCGCAGGUCAAUCGGCUGAUACUCUCGGUGACCUGGAUGUCUUUUACACGGUGGAAGGAGAAGAAGUCUGCCAGUGUUCAAACACCGGAGAAGCCUACGAUAAAAUCGCAGCGUUGGCUGAAUACUUACUGGAGGACCAACAGGAGCAGCCCGUGGAAGAGAUUUUUGGAAGCCUAGUUUCGGAAGAGACCGUUACCGAAUGCACCGGUGGCUGCGGUGGCUGCGGUGGCUGCACGGAGGGAAAGAGGCGGCCCAGCAGCUGUUCUGAUGGUCCAGAAGCCAAACGCAGGAAAGUUAUUGCCCACGCCCCGGCUCUGUGCAUCAUGGACGGAGACUCCGUCCGCAUCGUUCCAAAAGACGUCGCCUCCCAGUGUGACGUCCGCGUAGAGUUUUCGGUGGCCACCAUCGGUUGCUUGGGGAGGUCGCCGAAGGCUUUUGCGCCCUCUGCAAUCCUCAUCACAGACCUUUACCUGUCUGGUAUGAAGGGCAUCCAGGUGAUCCUGAGGGUAGAACCUCUUGCUCCCUUGACUCCGUCGCCAGCGGCUGGACCAGGAGACCCCUGGGAGAAGAGCCAGCCAGGUGAAGUUGCCCCCCAUAAAGGGCCCCCAAGCCCGCCUGUUCCUUCCGAGCAAGCUCCUCGACGCCCAGAGUCGGCGGAUGCCUUCCAGGCUCAGCUGAAAAGCCACUUCAGAGACACCUGCGAAUUUGUGCCGCUGGAACACGAGAUCCCCCUGGACCGUCUGUAUAUUGACAGCGACCUGGUGCAGUGUCACCUGGAGAGCAAGAGCGGGAGGAACGCCGACCCAAGGGCCUGCGACCUCCAGGAGAAGACCGUCGUACCGCGGAGCCAGCUGUUCCACACACGGGGGAAGAACGACGGGGGCACCAAAGUUAUUGUCAUCUUAGGAAAGGCCGGGAUGGGGAAAAGCCUUCUUGUCCAGAAGAUCUGUCUGGACUGGUCCAAUGACCGAUUGCCAGGAUUUGACUUCGUCUUCCGGUUUGAUUGCCGGAAAAUUAACUUUCCAGUUGAGGACCAGGACAGCCUUAAACGCCUCCUGUUUGAGGAGUUGGUCGGCCCUCGGGAAGACACGGAGGAAAUCUUCCGAUACCUCCUGCAGAACCCGAGAAGAGUCCUUCUCAUCUUUGACGGCUUCGAGGAGCUGGAGAAUCAAGACGGCUUUCCCGCCCUGGCUUCCGACAGCCCACCGCGUCGCAAGUUGUGCGGUACUGGGGCAACUUUGGCCGGCCUCUUCCAGAAGAAGGUGCUCAACGGCUGUACUUUGCUGCUCACGAGCCGGCCCAAAAACCGGCUGCAUCUGUACCUCCCUAGGAUGGACACGAUCCUGGAAGUCGUGGGAUUCUCUGCCCAGCAAGCCGAACGGUACCUUGCUGAGUAUUUUCACGGAUGCCCCUUUGCCGACGAGGCAGUGAAUUCGGUCAGAAAUUCACCCUGCUUGUUCAGCCACUGUUACCACCCCGGCUUGUGUCAGUUUAUUUGCGAAUCAGUGUUCAAGCUAGGGUCCAGAGACUUGCCUUUCACACUCACAGGCCUCCUCGUUAAAUCUCUGCUCCGAAAGCUGGACCUUGCAACCGAGAUGGGGGCUCCCUCGAAUUACCCGAACCUCAACGCCUUAGCCCGGAUGGCCUGGCGGCUUGGAGAAAGCCAACAGAAGGUGUUCCCGGGCCACCAUUUCCCUUCCGAGAAGGUCCGGGACUUUGCGCUGGAUUCCGGGCUGGUGGUGCGACUCCCCCAGGACUGCAACGGCAGAAAAGGGGAAUGCGAGUAUUCCUUCCCCACCUUCGUGGUCCAGCAUUUCUUGCUCGCCUUGCAUUUGGUGUUGGCCCGCGAAAUUAAGGACAAAAGGCUGACGAAACACUUGUGCUUACUGUGCAAGUCUAAGAAGUUUCUGUCCGCCUGGAGGCUGGUGCCCCGUUUCUUGUCCGGCUUCCUGUUCCUAGAGGAUGACCUCAGGUCAUCCUUUCUCUUCGGAGAAGGAGGGGAGUCUGACGCCGAGAAGAUGGUUUCCAAGAAGCAGAAAAGCCUCUUGAAAUAUAUCCGGAAACUCUCCAUCAAGGAUUUCGGCCCGGAUAAGUUGGUGGAACUCCUCCACUGCGUCCACGAGACGGGGGACCGGUAUCUCUGGCAGCAUGUGGCCUUGGAACUCCAGCCGGAUCUCUCUUUCCAGGGUUUCCCUCUCAACCCGUCCGACAUCUAUGUCCUGCACUCAGUCUUGAGAAGAUCCAGCAAGGCGUUCUCUCUAGAUCUGAGAGGGAGCGCUCUCGAUCCGGGAGGUCUCAGGCGGCUGGUCAUGGAGGAAAAGGUCUCAACAUUCAGGGCGUCCCUCGGCGACACCGUCCAGCUCUGGAAGGACCUGUGGGAAUCGGAGGCCGAGGAGCAGCUGCAGGCAGCCGUCAAGAAAUUUGGCGUGGUUCCCUUCAAAGCAGAGACGAUGAAUGAUGUGGAAGACCUUCGCAGGCUUGUGCGCUUGCAGGAAGACAUGACUCGAGGCAAGACAGACGUCACCGCCGACGGGAAGAACUCCUACAUUCCAGCUGUUACCAACCUCCAGCAUCUGGAAUUUAUGCUAGGCCCUCUCUUUGGCUUCAGGGGCUUCCAGAAGUUGGCUGGGAUCCUGGACGCCUUCUCAGCUCUUCGGCAGCUAGACUUGGAUUCUCCCAACGAAAACGAAAUCGGAGAUGAAGGAGUGGCACUCCUCAGCAAGGUCCUUCCUCGAUUGACCUUACUGGAAACAUUGAACUUGUCUCGGAACAAGAUAACGGAUGUGGGAGCGCAGACGUUAGCUCAAGCACUCCCGUUGCUGUCUCUCCUGAAGGUGCUGAGGUAGGAGCCCCCGGGGUUUUGCUCUCCCUUUCUCUGACGGAAUGAAACUGCAUGAUUUCAAAAAACUAUCAAGUACUGCUGGCAUUUCCCCAGAGUGAGGUCGGUACAUGGUUAAAAUCUUCCUUCCUCAUCUCCCUAACAAAGGCACAAGGUCUCCCCUCAAGUUAGAUUGGUUUGGUUUCCUUUCCUUCCUUUUCCUGAAUUAUCUCCCACCUCUCUCCCACCAGUCAACUCGAAGCAGUUUGUUACAAGCGAGUGUAAAUUCAUACAAUGAAUUAGAAACGAGAAACCUUAGACAUUGGAAACACAGGCCAGAAACCAGGAGGUUUAUGCAGGGGUGCUCACGUAAAUACUGGUGGGGGAAACUGUAGCUAAUGGGGAUGUGGCUGCUCACAAUCCUGGUCUCGUGCCAGCUGCACGACUUAACAGGUGGUCAGGCACAUGAGCAGCAAUUUAUCACUGGGAUUUUACACAAUUACACUGAACUCCGGGUGUGAAUCUCCAGUAGGAUUCCGGCCAGUAAAUGAAACAGGCAGAACCCACGCAGGGAGAACCCUCUCCUGCAGCAGGGGGAUCCAGUUGCUCAAAUGACUUCUCCAUUAACCGAUAGGGCUCCGGUCAUUUCUCUGCAUCAAUGUCGCCUCUACUAGCUCCGAAGCCAUGCGUGUGCUCGUUUUCUUGCUGUUUCUCCAAGAUAUAUCAUCAAAAAAUGCUUGACCUACAAUGUGUGUCUGGGGUGGGGGGCAGAAGGGACGUGAUACAUUUGCAAAGGACAGGGCCUUUUUUAAUGCUGCCUCCCCCAACUGUGUCAUUCGGUUUGCAAGAAAAACUAGUGACACUGGCAAGGGGGUCCUCCGAGAACCUUCCCAUCCACUCAAGCCCCCAAGCCCCCCCCCCGUUGCUUUGGUUUCAGCCUGCUGUGCUCUACCUAAUGGCUAUUAUUGUUAUUCUGUUAUGUGGACACAUUUGUGCAGGAUCUGCUUCCCGCAGCUCAA